GCGCCACAACUCGAACUGCUGGUGCAAGGCGUCAGCACUCGGGUCCAGAAGCUGGAGCGAUCCAGAGGCCAAAUCUCCAAGGAUCUCUCUGAUAUGCUUUUGGAGGUGAAGCAGCUGCAGCAAAUCGCCGGCUGUGACGAGGCAGAUGAGGACGAGGAGGAACUCAUGACGGUGGCACGGAGGGGCACACGCUUCAAGACGGUGCCGGCACCCUUGCCGCAAGUCCCAGAAGGCCGUCCUCUGACAAGAGCGCACACUGAGCGUCUUUGUCCACCACCGGGUCUCGCUUUGCCUUUGCCUGAGAGUCUCUCUGUGAAGCCCAAGGAUGUGGAUGGUGUCUCCGCUUGUCGAGUGGAAUGGCGGAUCGAUAGCAUCAAGACCAAGUUCAAGGAUUGCUUGGUCAGGCCGCUCGUAUCUCCACAGUUCGAGGCUGGUGGUCUUCCGGAAUUGCGAUUGCUCGUCUUUCCCAACCUGGGGGACUUGGAAGGCUUGACCAUGCGCGAGCAGAAGUCCAGAUAUGAGGUCCGCUUCGCCGAUGGUUCGCCCCUGAACGGAGCGUUGAAGUUCAAGGUGGUCACCGAGAUUGGAGGGAGGUUGGACAUCAAAUUCAACCUCUUCAUCGGUGACGUGGUUCAGGGGCCAGUGGAGCACAACUUUGCAGACCACGUGAUUGCCGGCUUUGAGUUCAGCAACAACUGGCUGGAAUCGAGUUCUGCUGGAUCUCUCACUGUAGGUGUGGAGGUCAUCGAGAUCAAUGGGAUAG